AUGUUCUGCUUGAUUUUAAUAUUUUAAUGUUAUGCUCGAUUAAUAUUACAAGAACUUGAAAGUUUGAAAACUUAACCUGAAGAAUCUACACUACCUCGAUAACAUUGUACAAAUCAUAAUGCAUAAACUAAAUAUGGUUAUUUGCAUGUUCCUAAUGGUGCAAUAAGUUUUAUUUAUUACUAAGGAAGAGGUCAACAUAAUAUUGUAUAUAUAAAUGGAGGGCCAGGAUUAUCAAGUCAAAUAUCAAAUUUUUUGGAAAUAGGACCUCAUUUUGGGUAAUGGAAUAACUUUAGUAAUUUACUUUUUUUGGAUUUGCCAGCAGGAACUGGUUAUGGCAGAACAAAUACAACAAGUAAUUUAAGUUAUGAAGAUGUUGCAAUUGAUUAUGAGAUAGCAAUGCAGAAUUUUAAUAAAUUAUGUAAGUUGACUUAUGAUAAUGUGAUUCUAUUUUCUACAGAUUUUGGAGCUAGAUUUGCAUUGGCAAUAGCAAAUAGAAGCAAAACUAUAAAGUGUGUUGGACUGUUAGAUCCAUUCUUAGAUACUCUUAAUAUAGUGACUGAGAUUCCAAAUUUUGCUUUUCAUAUGGGUGUAAUUGAUUAUUAAGAGUUAAUAUAUUUUGAGAAAGCCAUAAUAAAGUUGAGUGAUGAUAUCUAUAAUGGUAAUUAUUAACAUGAAAAUGCUAAAUUCCUUAAGUAACUUUACUAUAUGACUGGGAAUGUCUCUCUUUAUAAUGUAUUAGAAUAGAAGUUAUAUUCAGAGGAUGAAGAUAAGUUGGAAUAGAUACUAAAUGAUCCAGAAUCAUUAUAUUACAUUCCUUUUGAGACAGAAUUUUUGGCUCGUUCUUAAAAUGUGUUUGAUUAAUUUAAAUAUAACUUUUUUGAACCAUUUGAUAACAAAAUGUAAGCAAUUAAUGAAUAUUUAGUAUACAGCAUUUGCUUAGUAACAAAAAUAUUUUGGUUUAUUAAUCUUAAUAUGAUAUGCUUAUUCCUCCAUCUGGAACAAUGAAAUGGUUAAUAUCUAUACAAUAUGAAUUGGAUGAUUUCUUUUACUAAAAUUAGUUGAUUAAAUUAAUGAAAGAUGAUAAACUAAUUGGAUUAUAGAAAAGAGGAGGUUAUUUAGAAUAUUUAUUUGUAUUAAAUACAGGAUAAGUGAUGCAUAGAGAUAAUUGCAACAAUUCAAUGAUAUUAAUAUAAUAAUAUUUAGAGAGUAUUAUUUGA